CAAACUCCAAACCCAAGGUUACGGGUCACGUGAUUCCAUCGUUUAUCAUGGAUUUCAAGCUCACUUGUUGAGAGCUGUAGAGAGAGAGAGAGUGCGCGCGUGUGUGUGAAGGUGUUAUUGAUCUUGAAUUCUCAGAUCGAGGUACCAGUGGAAUGAGAUUGAGAAAGAAAGAGAUAUAGAGAUCCUCGCCUGAAUUUGACUUAUAAUUAUGGCGGAUUUAGAUUUUCUGCCGGAAGGUUGGACUGUAGAAGUGAAAGUACGGAAAAACGGGAAGAAGGACAAGUACUACAUUGAUCCUCUAAAGGGAUACAUAUUCCAGUCUAGAAAGGAUGUAUUGCGAUAUUGUGAAAAUGGAGAACUGGGAAAGUAUGUAAAAUCCAAAGACAAAGACAUUGCUGAUGGGGAAAUGGAGGAUGAUAAGGUAUUAAUACCAGUUGCCAAGGAACAAAGUUUAUCAGAUAGCUCACCAAAAACAGAGGUAUCCCUGAACCGGGAUUCAAUUCUGAACGAAGCUGUAGAGAACAAAAAGACUUGUGAAUCCACCAACCCUAAAAAGAGUUCCCCAGAUGCAGAGCUCAUAGAAAAUCAAUGUAAACAAAGCUCUGUAACGUCAUGCCCUAUCUCAUCAGAAAGUGGGCAGAAGGGUGAGUCUUCCAUGCACAAUUCAAUCACAGAUCUUUUAGGCGAAGAAAUUCCAACCGACGACAAGCGAGGAAAAAAUGUAAAUGGAGAUAGCAAGCCCAGACUUGUUGGUAAGUUGAAAUGCAGAAAACCAACUGAAUUUCCUCGCCGUUCUUCAAAGCGACUUGCAGGCCUUCAAAUUGACCAACCACUGGAGAUUAAAACCAAGACUCGAGCUGGUGGCAAUUUAGAAACCGAGAAUACAACUAAGAAGUUAGAGCCAAAUUGCGAAAACCAGACUGAUUUGCCUCGACGGGCUUCAAAGAGACUUGCUGGCAUCGAUAUCGGUCCACAACUGGAACAGAAACCGACCACUCGUGCUCGUCAGGUUUCAUCUAAAUCGUUAAUCGACGAAAAAGUGCAAGAAUCAUCUAAGGUCAUGCCAGCACCAGCAAUCUUAUCUAUUCCUGGAAACGAUAAAACAGUUGAAGAAUCCGGAUUACCAUCCGAACCGGUGUUGAGCGAUAUCUGGAUGGAUCCGUGUUUUGAGUUUGCGGUAAAAACUCUUACAGAUGUGAUUCCAGUUGAAGAUCAUCUAAAAACUCUACAACCAUCCGAACACUUGUGGGAAGAAGACCCGUGUAUUCAAUUUGCUGUCAAAACACUGACUGGCGAUAUCCCAUUAGUAGAUGAUUUUGGUGUUGAAGAAUUCCUCAGAAAACAUAUGACCAAGAAUCAGACUGGUGGUAUUCAAAACACACUCUUUCCAGCUUUUCAUUCAGAUUCUAGCUCAUAUCUUGAUUCUAUGGAGAAAAAUGCAUCGAAGCAACCAAUUAUGAAUCAUUCCCGAAACAGUUCGACGAAAACUCCAGUUGAGAACAAAAUAAAUUGACAUUUGCUAACGGAAUGGAAUGGAAAUAUGGAAUGGAUCAUCAAUGAAAAGGAAAAGCAAUGUUGUUGUACAGGUUAGACAUCAAAUUUAGCUAAAAUAUGUGACUCCCUUUUAUUAACUUGUUUAUUUGGUUGGAGUUUUCUUAGUCUUUUCAAUAAACAGAUGAGAUAUAGGCGGUUUGACUGUUGAAAUUUCAGAUUAAACUUCUUUUUAGGUGAAGAAUGGUUGAUGAGGGAUGAUUUCUAGAAAGAAAAUAUAAUCUGAAUUUAUGGGUCAAUCUUCUUUCCAUCACAUGUAUGUUGUACUCUUAAAUAUUGCUGGAUUUUGGUGCAUUAUCAGAUUUUACAAUUAAUGUAAAUAUGUUCUUAAAUAAAACUACUUCAAUUGGAAGUAUUAGUUGCUUAUGUUCUUA